AUGUCUUUUGUCGAAUACGACCAAGAGGUGGAAGCUGUCCACCGGGCGGCUGUCCGCCCGGCGGCUGGGAGACCGGCCACGUCGUUGUCCAACUCGAUGGUCAACACCUCGCGUCUCUCCUCGCUUACUUCGCCGCUCUUUGACUUUCCUGAUCAAGAUCUGGACCAUUGGGCGUAUCGUCCGCCUCCGCCGCCAUCUCCGCUGCGCUCGCUCUCGGUGGCAGGCAUGCGCUCGCCGGCCAUGUCGCCUGUCGCCCGCGCUGCAUCGGUCGUCGAUCACGUCAAGGACCCCUUGUCGGGCCAGGGCGGGAGCUCACGGCUCGUCUCCAACAUCGACGACGCCAUCCUGGCCAUUGAGGAGACCGAGGCCGUCUGGCACGGGACCGCCACCGACGAGCUCGUUGGUCCGCGCGCGCCCAUCAUCCACUUUUCCAUGAACUACGACGACGACACCACCAAGUUUGUCUUCCUCACCGAGGUCGAGGACCCAUCAUCGCUCUCGCUCCAUCCGUACUCGCUGCAGGUAGUGCCCAAGGACGAGCUUGCUACCGUGCUCUCGACGUCGGCCACGUCGGGAGCGCCUCCGUCGUCGGCCCUCACCGCUUCCGGUGCUCUCCCUCGUGCCAAGUCUGGCGCCGGCAAGGCGUACUACACACUCUCCACCAACGGCGUUACCAGGGUCUCUGCCGACGGCCACACCGAGUUUACACCCAUGGCCUCGUUUGUCCGCGCUGCCACCCUUUUCAAGCACCUCUCGGCGCUCCCGGUCUUCCGCCACUUUCGAUUCUGGAAGACCAUCAAGGUCUGGCGCGCUUUCGUCCGCCGCCGCCGCUUUGCCGCCAACCGCAAGGCCCUCCUCGAGCGCAUCUUUGUUCUCCACCCUAUGUUUCAGGCCGCACUCUGUGACGUCCAUGCCUUUAUUGAGGGCACCGUUCUCCCCGCACGCCUUUUUGCCCUCGAGCUGCAGAACACGCUCACCAUGGAAGAACUUGUCGACGCUACUGACGACGCGCUGGCAAAGGUCAAACGCCUCCUGGCCUCGGUCCUUGACGAGGUCAAGGCCCGCGUCCAGCGCCUCAUCGAGGACAUCCGUGAUCCGGAGCGAAUCAAGGUCUCGGCCUCGGCUGCAUCCUCCGCCCGCCGCACCGUCUCACUUCGCCAGAUCAUGCUCCUCGAGAAGCAAAAGGCACUCGAGCGCGCCCGCAAGGCCGAAAUGGUCAACGCCGAGCUCCGCGUUGUCGGCAAGCUCAUUCGCCUCGUCGACUACCGCAUCCUCGAGUCGUUCCACGAGCUCGCCCUUAAGGAGCUCUCACGCCUGCUCAACAUGGCAUGGCACGACAACGCCAUGCUUCUUCGCGUCGUCCUUGACUUUGAGCCCAACUCACGCCUCUCGUUCACCCCAGACAGGGCCGCUGUCCUUGACCAGUUUGAUGCUCUUGUCGGUCGUACGGUCAACACACUCAUCGCCCUUCCGCGCGUGCCCUUUAACCAGGGCUUCCUCCAGUUCAUCUCGCUCUCGGGCAUGAAGCCGUCACAACUCUCGCGUGAUGGCCCGCACCUCGCCGCCUUCCUCUCUUCCUCUGACGUGUACGGCCCCGGUGGCGAUGCUUGCCUAUCCUCGCUCCGUUCCGCCAUUGUCCAGUCAUUUGACGACGCUCAGGCCUACGCCGAGUUGUUCUCGGUGGUUGCGCCUGUCCACAGUUUUGGUGUCUCCUGGUCGGCGAGCGACUACGCCGCACCCUGGUUGGAGCCGGACGCCCUGCAGGCCCCGCUCGACCUCGCCGCUAUCCGCGCAGACCUUACCAAGCUUACCAAGUGGGACGCUAUGGUCUCGGCUCUCCACACCGCUUCGUCACGCGGCAUGCUCCUCGUCGACUCCAAGAGCCUCCGCGAGAACCUCGCGCCCAUCCCCAUCGAGUGCAAGGCCGAGGUUCUCGACCUUCUCACCCGCAUUGUCGCCGCUCGCAUCGACACCCUCUCAACCCGCCUCGAGGCUAACAUAUACAAAGCCCGUGGCUCGCCGCACUCGCUCACCGAGUAUGUGCGCUUUGCCCAGUUUCUUGCCACCGUACCCGACGAGAAGGAGGCGACCCGAAUGCUGCUCGACUCGAUUGACGCCGCCAAGGACCUGCUCCUCGAGCAUGACGUCCUCCUCCCGUCCGACACCGCCUCGGACCACUCGAUGGUCCAUUCGCUCUUCUCGCAGUUUCUCUCUGUCGUGGCAGAGGCUGGGAACACAAAGUCAGAGCUCUUCUUCCAGUACGCCGGUGUGCUCAAGACUCACGUCGAUGCGCUUGCUGCAUCCAUCUCCUCGGUUGCGCAGGCGCUCAAGGCGCCACAUUUUGCCUCGCUCACCGCUACGCCGGCCACCCUUGUCGCUGAGCUCGACUCGCUCCGCGAGCAGCUCGCCUCCAUCGGAGACCAUGCGACCGAGUAUGCCGAGUACCUCGACGCACUUGGCAUGCCGCCGUCGCCAGUUCUUGAGCUUGGCGAUCUCACCUCACAGCUCGACGCGCUCGCCGCCGUUUGGAAGCUCUCAGGCGACUGGGCCGCUCUCGAGCUCUCGUUUUCGUCGACACCGUUUGUCUCGCUCGCCGAGGCUUCGCUCGAGCAGCCGGUCCGCGAGCUCGAAGCCCGCAUUGCCGAGGCGCAGGCGACACUUCCGCAUCAUCCGGUCCUCGCUGCCAUCGCCUCCAAGGUGGCCAAACUGGCGUCUGCCAUGCCGACCUUGCUCGAGCUCGCCAAUCCGGCCAUGCAGCCGCGCCACUGGAUCCAGAUUUUUGCUGCUCUCGGUGAGUCGUACGAGCACAUGUCGUCGUCGUUCACUCUUCCGCAGCUCCUGUCCCUCGACGUCGUCGCUCACUCGGACCUUGUCUUCCAGGUCUCUGACAUUGCCACCGGCGAGGCCGAGAUCGAUGCCGCACUCGAGAACGUCGCCUCCACCUGGGCCUCCACCCAGCUACCGACCGUCCCGUACUCGCCGGACGGCCGAACGGUCCGCAAGGGCAUGUACCUUCUCGCUCCGCUUGGCGACCUGCUCGCCCUCCUCGAGGCCGACCAGCUCGAGCUUUCGCGCAUGCUCUCGUCCAAGUACGUGUCAGGUAUGCAGAGCCAGGUCGAAGCCAUCCGCCUGCGCCUCCUCUCUCACUCGGCACUUCUCGCCGAGUGGGAGACGCUGCAGAGUCUGUGGCGGUUCAUGGAGCCGCUCUUCUCGUCGUCGACCUCCAUUUCCGAGGCUCUGCCCUCGGUCGCCGCAAAGUUCAAGCUUGUCGACCGUCGUUUCCGCAUGACCAUGCGCGCCGCCGCAAAGGCCAGCUCACUCCACGAGGCCUGCGCUGCGCCGGGCCUCACCCAGCACCUUGUCGACUCGCGCGCUUCGCUAGAGCUCGCCUUUCGCGGCCUUGCAGCCUGGCUCGAUGCCCGCCGCGCAGACUUUCCGCGCUUCUACCUCCUCUCCAACACCCAGCUCGCACACUUGUACGCGCUCGCUGAGCGCCCGCGUGCCCUUGUCCGCUCUAUCCCGCUCAUGUCGGCCAUUGUCGGCCCCGGCCUCUCGUUCCAGACCUCGUCGUCAGAGUCGGCUGCCGUCGAGCUCAUCGCACUCGACUCGGGCAUGGCCGAACGGCUCAAGUUUGGCCGCCCGCUGCAGACGUUUGGCCCGCCUCACACCUGGCUCGCCGACGCGCUUGAGGCCUCGUCCAAGGUCCUGGCUGCCCACGUCAAGUCGGCGCUGGCCAGCUUUGACAAGUUCCUUUGCCACGACUGGGUUUUCAAGGCUCCCUCGCAGGCCAUCCUCCUCGUCGCCAACAUCAAGUUUACCGAACAGGUCGAGACUGCGCUCGGCGCUGGGGUCAUCGGGAGUGGCGGCGAUGGCGGCGAUUCUGGCGCCGCAGUGCAGGACUCGGCCGCCGAGACCGGCAAGCGAAACUCGUCGCUCCGUAGCGGGCCGGUCAAGCCGACCCUUGCCCGCCUCCUCCAAACCUACCGCCAGCAGCUGGUCACCUGGGCCGAGAUUCGCUCCUCGCCCGCUCUCGCCCAGCACCACGCCAUCACCAUCGCCAACUACAUGGUUGCCGACAUGCACCGGCUCGAGCUCCUCCGCGCGCUCAUCACCGACGACGUUGGCUCCAUCCACGCUGUCCAGUGGACAACCCAACUGCGUGCCUACUGGGACCCGGCCCUGGCCAUGCCGCUCAUCCGCAUUCAGGACGCAGAGCUGAGCUACGGCUACGAGUAUCACGCUCUCGUUCGUUACCCGAUGGCCAACUCGGCAGCGCUCGGCACGCUCGGUACGACUGCCCGCUGGUUCGCCUCUGGCUCGGCGCUGGGCCUUGCCGGGCCGGCGUCGUCCGGUAAGUCUGAGACGCUGCGCGAGCUCGCGCUUGUCGCCGGUCGCCGGCUCGUCGUCCUCGACGCUUCGCCGCUGAGCGCGGUCGAGCCUCCUGCCUCGGCCUCGCCGAUGGUGGCCUUUGCGCCUGUUGCAGCAUUCCUCCGCGGCGUCGCCGCCGGUGGCCUGUGGGGCGUGGUCAGGCAUGCUUCGUCGCUGCCGCUACCGGCGCUCUCGCUCCUUUCAGCGGCCGCGGUGACGCUCUCGCGCUCGAUUGCGCUUGGUGCCGAAUCGCUGGCCACAGUCGGCGAGCCGCGAUCAUUCAUGCUCCUUGGCCGGGAGCUCCGCAUGAUGCCGACUGCCGGUCUUGCGCUCACCUGCUCGCCGCCACUGGGCUCGAGUGCCACCGCGACCGGUGCCAUGGUUGCGAACCUGCCAGCAUGUCUUCGCUCCGCGUUUGAAAUCUCGCACACCGCCGUUCCGGACAUGCUCUUCCUUCUUGAGGCUGCGCUCUACUCGCAGGGCUUCCGUGGCGCCAAGUCGCUCGCCUCUUCACUCUUUGUCCUCAACAACCUCAUGGAAGCCGAGGCGAACGCCGAUGACCCAGCGAGCGUGGCCUCGUAUGGACUCGGCUUUGUCCUCAAGGUCGUCGAUCUAGCGGCUACCCUCCGGGCGCGGGUCCAGCUGACCAAGGAGUCGAUUGUUGUUCUUGUCGCCAUCACUACGGUGUUCAAGGCGAGUCUGAGUGACUCGGCCUUUUCGCGGGCUCUCAGCCUCACCGAGCAGGUCUUUGUCCGCAAGACCCACGCGCUGCCUCCGCCUGCGGCGCUUCGCCGAUCGGUGGCGACCAAGCUCGCUGAGCAGCUCGGCGCUGACGACGCAGGGCGGGUCCGCAAGCACCCGUAUGUCCUCCUCGCGCUCGAGCUCUUCCCACUGCUGGCACUCUCCAACGGCGUCAUCUGUGCCGCCCGGCCUGACACCGAGCGCGUUGUUGACGGCUGCGCUGAGCUCCUUGCGGCCAUGAUGAACGACGGCGCCGAUGCGUACCUCGCGAUGAUGACGUCCGAGGCGACGGCGGCAGCGGUCGACUCGCUGCCGUGGGCAACGGCAGCAUCGCUGCUGUCGGCGUCUGACACGCCGCAGGCUCUGCUCGCCGCCAUGCCCAAGGUUGCGCUCGGGCCGGCCAAGGUUCAUCACGAACGCCAUGACUUUGACACGCUCACACGCGCCCAGCUCGUCGGCCAAUACGUCAUUCCUCCUACUGGUGCGCCGUACUGGGUGCCUGGUCAGCUUGCAGUGGUCCUGGGUGCCCUGGCGACCAAGGCCGAGCUUGAGCCUGCCAAGCUGUUCUGGGUUGUCCUCCACAACGUGCCGCCAGCUGUGGCCGCCGACAUUCUCGCGCCAGCCAUGGUCCAGCUCAACCACAGAAGCAUGACGGACGCGCCUGAUUUGGACAGCUCGUUCAGUAUGGGAGUGCCAGACUCGGCCGGAAACCAGUCGCAGCGGCCAUCGCAUGUGGCUUUGGCAACAGCAGCAGCGGCCCAGCCGUCACGAGUUGUGCUCCCGCAGCUGGUGUCUCCCGCGCGAAUCACCUGGGGCAACGGCGAGUCGCUCUAUCUCCCUGCCAACCUCCGGCUGAUUGUGAUUGUCAACGACCGACAGUUUACGCCGCACAAGCUGCUGGCAGCAGCGCCCGUUGUCCGUGUCGGCAUCGGCGCCUCGGGAGGUGCUUGGCUCUGGCAGCAAGCCUUUGCAGAUUGGGUCACUUCGCUGCACCUCAACCCCACGCGGGAGGAAUACGUCCACGAGCUGGGCAACUUUGUCUCGGCGAGCCUUGCGGCCUAUGCCGCGGCCAUGCUCAAGAUGGCUGAUGCGGCCGGCGGGGCAGACUCGGCCCCAAGCUCUCCCACUCGGUCGUUUGCAGCGGCCGAAGGCAACGACAAGACGGCGCAGCUGCGGAUCCAAACCCGGUACCUGACAAUGCCGGUGAGCCAGCUGCCUGAGGGUGCGCUGCCGCUGCAGGUUGUUGCUGACGCAAUCCUGCUUUGGCUCCGCACGCUCAUCCUUCCGUCGACAAGUCCGGCAGCACUCGACGCGCUCUUUGGCUUUGCACUCUUCCGGGCAGUCUCCAGCCUCCUGCCCGCUGGUGCCACCGAGUUCAUGGGCAUCUGGCACCGUUCGCUCGUCUCACGGCUGGUUGGCAGCUUGCCAGCAGGCACCACUCUCGCCGAUGCUUUUAUGGGUAACGACGGGAGUGUCUGUACGCCACCGGAAGAGCAAGUGCUUGAUCCCCUGUGUGAGAGCUCGCCGACGCCGUCGUACUGGGACGCGCCGUUGAUGUGCGCGUUUGAGUGGAGUGCACUGGCGCUUGACCACUCGUCCUCGAUUGUCCUACGUGGUCCACAAGCGUCGUCCAAGGGCUGGCUUCUUGAGCAGUACGUGCUGCGGCGAGACGACGCUCAGCUCAUCCGGGUGAGCCUGACCGAGCCGCAGUGGUCGGAGCGGCUGCUGGGCGUGCUGGAGACGCACUUGAUGCAGUACACUUCGAGCAUGAUGGGUACGGCGCCUGGGACUCGACUGCUGGUUGUCGUUGACGGUGUGCCGAGCGCGGGCUUUAGCGGCUCGGCAUACCUUGAAGCCGAGGCCAUUCGCGUCUUGCGCCUGGUUACCAAGCUCGCCGCCAAUGGCACGACUUCCGCGCAGCCGCUUCUCGGCUCGGGCAAGGCACCAGGCGCUGCCUUUCCACAUGGUGAGCUGCUCGAGACGGCGUCAUACAUUCCGGGCACGAUGCUUGGUGACGACCGGCGGGUCUCGCAGGCGACAUCAACAGCUGUCCGGGCGGCGUGGGAAGACGGACAUAGGCUGACGCUUUGUGGAGUCCAGUUUGCGGUUGUGGUGGACGAGUGCGGCUCGGCAGCGUCGCGCGAGUGGGCGCUUGUCCUCGAGCGGCUCUAUGGUAGCAUGGCUGUCGUUUCGACGCUGAGUAGCCCUGCGGCGAUCGAGGGGAUUCUUGAGGUUCGUGCCGCUGCUGCGCUGGCGAGGCUCUCGCACGAUGAUGACGACAAAGACGCAAGCGACGAGCCGCGCGAGAUGGACCCCGAGUACGCCGAGAUUGCCACGAAGCUUGCGCGUGUGACGGCCGAGCUGCGGCUGUUUGCCGCGACCAAGUUGGCGUCAUCUGCGUGGCCGAGUCAGUUUGCAGCCUCGCUGGGCGCGGCCGUCGCAGUCAUGGAGAGCCUUGGUGAGCUGGAGACCGGGCUUGUUACUCCGGAGCUGGCAACGCUUUGGUGGGCCGAAGCGAUGCGGCUGGUGUAUGUGGCGCCUCUGGGUGAGACCUCAGUCCUUGGUGCCGCGCUCAACCUUCGGCUGAAGGCGCUGAUGGAUGACGAGGGCCUUGCGGUCGAGCUCCCAGAGGUGUCGGACGACGACGGCGGCCUUGUUUUCCGUGCACACUCGGUGAGUGGCAAGGUCAAGAUGGUGACGACCAAGGCGUUUGCGAUGUCGGUGCCAACGGUGCGCGAGCCGCGGCUGGCACAGCUUGCACUUCCGUGGCUUGUUUUCGCCUCGCGCGAAGAAGAGCGCAUCGGGGCACCCAUGGUGGCGUCGGGCCGAACGGCUUCGAGCUCGCUAACCCGCGCGCAGGCGGUACUGGGGACAAUGACUCCAGCCGAGCACCAAGCCAUGGAUGUGAGACGCAGUCUACUUGAGGGCGAACUCUCGGGCUCGGCGAUGCACCCCGGGGACCUCGCGCAGCUGGGCCUGGCGCUGUUUGGCCCGCGGAGCUCUGGCGCUCUGGUUGUCCUCCGCGGGCCGCAAUCGAGUGGGCUCGCGCUCUCGCGGGCUGUGGCAGGCAUGCACAAGUCGAAGCUGAUCGAGAUCUCGGGCGCAGAGCUUGGGGAUCUGGAGCAGCGGCUGAAGCUCUGCUACAUUGCGAGUGGCAUUGAGGGCAAUCGGGUUACGGUGUAUGUGCCUGCUGCGGUGCUUGAGCGUGUACUCGCGCCGCGCGCGGAUGAGGAAUCGAUGGCACUUUGCGUGCUCUCGCUGCUGCUUUCACCAUCCAGUAGUGGUGCGCUGGUUACGCCGUUUUCCCAAGCCGAGUUUCGCCAGCUGGUGGGCACGCGGCGGAGCAGCGGGCGGGCGUCGGCUGACGCGCUCAGCAACAGCCGCGAGGCCAACGAGCCUUUGGCCUUUGGCGUCCUCGUCGCGCAGUUCAAUGCAAGUGUCCGGCAGCACUUGCGGGUUGUUGUGGAAGGGACAGAGCAGAUGGCAGUGGAGAUGCUGGCGCGGCCGCGGAGCUCGUGCACCGGCUCGGUGUGGCGCGAGGCGUUUGUGGCUGCUGGGCGGGCCGGAGUGGUGCGGCGCGUGGUUAGUCUCGGCGAGGUUCGCGACAACGAGACGUAUGCGCUGAAUGUGGUGAAGGACCUCACGGCGCAGUUGCCGCUGCCGGCAAGCAGCGUGAGUGGCGUGGCGAGUGUGGCCCUGGACGUCUGCCGGCGGCUCGAAUCUGGGUCUGUGGUUGUGAGCGUGGCGCGGCUGAUCCGACUCGCGCUCACGCUCUACUGCGACGCCAAGACGUACACUGGGCUGACGGCGUCGAGGGCUCAGAGUGCGCUCAAUACGCUGCAAGCGGCGGGUGAGCGUCUGCAAGAGAUCCGCAACGACGUGGCACGGUUUGAACCUCAGGUCCAGGCGCAGCUUGAAGAGGCUGAGGAGCUCACCGGGCUCAUUGUCGAGACCGAGACGCGGCUUGCCGGAGCGCGGGGCGAGAUGACUGAGGCCGAGGGCACGCUCAUGACGGCGCGGCAGUCCCGCGACGCACAAGAGGCAUACAUGGCGGCGAAGCUGGGCGAGGUCAUGCCUGUGCUUGACAAGUAUCGCGACCGGCUGCGCCUUGCGCGGGCGGAAGACGUGAGCGAUCUCGCCAGUGUGCACAAGCCGUUUGAUGGGCUGGUCUUUACUAUGGAGGCUAUCACCAUGCUCACGGGCGUGGAGAGUCCCAAUUGGAAGGACGUGAUGGAGCUCCUUGGCGAGGCAAACGCGCCGGCGUUCCUGGAGUGGGCGCGGACGUACGAGCCCGCGAGCAUGACUGACAACAUGCGGAGUGCGCUGAAGCGGAUGCUAGCCCACGAUGGCGUGGUGCUGAGCGAAGUGGCUGCGGCGUCACCACCACUGGGUGGUGACCUUUGCGGAUGGGUCCAAGCCGUUCACGAGGUGGCCAUCACACAUGCCAAGCUGCGGGUUCAGCAGGCGACGAUCGACGAGCUCGAUCGGACAAUCAAGGACGCACAAGAUGCUCUGGAUGACGCGCAGGAGAAGGCUAAGCAUCUCGGCGGGCGGCUGCAGCGACUCAAGUCGCAGAAGGCCAAGCUGUCGAAGAGCUCGCUACAAGCCUCUGUGAGCUCGUCGAUGGAAGAGCUACAGCUGAUGACGUCGUCUAUGGCGUCCGUGGCGCCAAUGGCGGAGGCGCUGUCUGCAGUCCAGGUCGAGAUGUCGGCGCGGGAGGCGACGCUACUUGGCGAUGCGGUGGUCUCCGCGGCACAGGCGGUGUUUGGGCGGGCAGGUGAAGCUGCUGCUCUGGAGUCGGUGGUAUCGACGACGCUUCUAGUCUCGUCUUCGCUCGAGGAGCGACUGGGAAGCAUGCCUGCGCCCUUGGCAGAGAAGACGCUGCCGCGGCCGCUGGUGUACUGCGAGGCUCGCGGUUCGCGCGGGAGCGGGUUUGGAGGCGAAGACGAGAUCGCGGCACUGCCACCAUCUGCGCUCUUGCAGCGACUGCCUGUUGCCGAGACGGCGUUUGUGCGGUCGUGUGGAGCAAGUGGGCGGUGGCUGCUCGGGGCGCUCCGUGAGACGGUGUACUCUGCGGUGACGCCAGUGCUUGUGGAUCCUGACAACUUGGGCGUGCCUGCGCUGCGAGAGCUUGAGGGCGACCAUGAUCUCCGCGAGGUGCAUGUCUCGUCGCCGUAUGUGGACCACGUUGUGACCGAAGCGAUGGUGUCUGGCCGGGCGCUGCUGGUCCAUGGCUUUGGACGAUCGCUGGAGACUGGGCUCACGCCGCUGCUCCGCGCGGUGCUGGCCGGGGUCGGGUACCUCGAGACGAGCGUGGUGGGAUCAAAGGUGGGUGAGGGCGGCGAGUCUGGCGAUGACAGCGGGAUGUCGUCGGACGACGAGGCCGCGGACCCACGGAGUGCCUCGGAAGUGUUCCAGGACAUGAUGCGUGCGCACGCGCGUGCGCGGUCUUCAGAGCUUGUCGGUGGUGACUCGAGCGAUGAGGUGCAGUUGGUCGAGCGGGUGACGGUGCGUAUGACAGUGACGAGUGCUGACGGCGAUGCGGAAAACCGCGCGGUCCGGCGCGGCUUCCGGCUCUUCCUCGUCUCUCGUGAGCGCGAGAUAGAGGUGCCCGACGUGCUCGCCGGGUCGGUACAUGUGGUCACCUUUGCCGCGCCGCCAAGCGUGGGCGAAGCGCACGCGGUGGCGAUGGUGACACAGCAGAUCAAGCCGGCACUGGCAAAGCAGGUGAGCGACAUAGCGACGCGACUGGCGUCCGAGUCGCACCUGGUGAGCUCGCUGUAUAGCGAUGCAGUCGAGAUGCUGUUGACGGAGAAGUUUGUGAGCAAGCAGACGACGCUUGUGGAUGACAACGAGGCGCUCUCGGGCCUUGCUCUGUCGAUGGAGACGUUUGCGUCUGCGACGGCAACGGUGCUAAAGCUCGAGGUGCGGCUGCGGCGGCUGGUGGCGCUGGCGCGCGAGUCUGUGGCGGCAGAGGUUGCGGCGGUGGCUGGACUGUGGCGUGGCGCGUCGCGGCUGCAGCCUGCUGUUGUUGGGCUUGAGAGGCUGAGUAGUGCUGUGACCAGCGCGGCAAGUGCGAUAGUGGCCAGCAACGGCGAGACGCCGGUGGCGCAACUGCCGAAGAUGGUGUUUGACGCUUUGAUGCAGUCACUGCCGGAGGAUGCUGGGCUAUCGCUGGCAUUCUUCGCGGCAGCGGAGGCAAGCGACCAGACCGAUGCCGAGAAGCUGAGUGCGACCGAGUGGCGGGUGCUGGUCGACGGCGCACAGGCGCUUGAAGAUGUCAAGGUCGAGGCGGCGGUGCUGUCUACCGGCAGUGGUGUACCGAGCAAGCCGCGCGAGUCUUGGCUCACUGCUGAGCUCUGGAACAUGCUCGGAAAGCUUGAGGCUGAUGUGGGCGCGUUUGACGGACUGCUUCGCUCUGUCGUCCGCGACAUUGAGGUGUGGUACACGUUUAUUCACUCGUCGGCGCCGCUUUCGGCCUCAACCUCGACGCCGUCGAUUGUGGAGCGGCUCUCGCCUCUGCGGCGGUGCGUGCUGGUCCGGUUGGUGCGACCGGAUGUGCUGGAGACUGCUAUGCGGCAAGUGGUGAAGAGCGCGCUCGGCGUGCACUUUAGCUCACUGGGCAUUGUCAGUGUCGACGAGGUUGGCAAGCGAGAGGCGCUGGUGACGGUGCUUGUGCGCGAGGCCGGGCGGCAGGUGGAAACGUGGGUGGCGCGCUGGUGGCGCGAGACCGUGCUUGAGCGCGAGGGCGCCAACAAGGCACGGCUGGUGUUUGUUGCGAGCGGGAGCGAAGCCGACAUUGACGUCAACGAGAUGCGCGACGAGCUCGAGCGUGGAUCGUGGCUGGUUGUGUUUGCGGCGAGCGAGGCUUGUGGUCGGGUGCUGCAGUGUGCGGCGCAAGUUGUGGGCGGUCCAUCUGGCGGGCGGCGGGUGGGCUGGCUGCGCAAGAAGGCGCCAUACGGACGGAUUGUUGUGGUUGCCGACGAUGCCAGCGAGGUGCCUGGCGAGAUUGUGCGCGUGGCCGACGUUGUCCGUGUAGACUGGCCGCGGCAGCUGAAGCGAGCACUACUUGUGCAGUAUGCGACGUACUCGCGGCUUGUGGCGAGCGUCGGAGGGAGUCUCCCGCGAGUGCUUCGGCGAGUGCUGUUUGGGCUUGCUCUUGCUGUGGCCCAUGUGUGCGUCCGGCGCGGCAUGGGCGCGCCUCACGGGUUUGUGGACGCUGUCGAGUUGAGCGAGGGCCGAGUGGCUGCGGUGGUGGCCUGGCUCCGCGAGCGGCUGGCGAGCCUUCCGCAUCACGAAGCCGAGGACGAGCAAGCCGGGGCGUUUGUGCCUUUUAGUGAGCUGCGGAGCAUGGUGAGCGCGGUGAUGGUGAGCACGGUGCACGGGGUGGACAGCGCGGUGCUCGAGCUUGUGAUGGAGGCAUGCCUGGGCGAGUUUCUCUUCGACGAGAAGCACGCGCUCUCUGCCUCGAACCACAACAUGCACCCGCCGCCGUUUGGCUCGCUGGCGUACCACGUGUUGUACAUCCGGCGUGCGUUCCCGGAAGUGGUGCCGCUUGACGUGCUCGGCCUUCGGAACAAGCUUGCGGUGCGGCUGGCGGAGCUUCGGCUGCCGGUGGUUGUGCGCGAGCGGAUAGCGCCGGUGGUGGACGAGCACCGCGGAUGGCGCGUUGCUUGCGUGGGGCGGCACCUGUGCACUAUCAACGAGCUCACCACACUGGUUCAGCGUGUACAGAGCGCAGUACCUGUAGAGCUCCCGCCUCGGGGCUCGUUCUCGCAGCCGAUGUUCGACCACGUUCUCGAGACCGAGGCUGCAGCGCUGGGCGCUGUCCUCAAUGCCAUGCAUGUCGGGUUGGGCAGACUGCUGGACGUUGUGCGCGGACGGCGGGAGCUCGACGCAGCGUUGUACUCACAGUGGCUGAGCUUGAUGGACGGGCGAGUGCCCGACGGAUGGGCGAGUGGUGCGGACGGGCUGCCGCUCUGGCGGUGGCUGGACCAGAUGCGGCGCAAGGUGGCGCAGAUGAGCAACUGGCGACAGCACGGGCUCCCUGUAGUCGUCAACUUGGGACUGCUCCAUGCGCCGAAGAAGCUUCUUGCGCGGCUGCUUGUGGUCGCGACGCGCACGUCUGGUUCCGACGCGCCGCUGCAUGCGUUUGGAUUUGACUUUGUGGUCCAGCGGGCGGGAGUGAUUCCGCGGGAGCACCCGCCUGUGGGAGUGUACGUGGGCAACCUUGUUCUUGAGAACGCGGCGUGGGACGGCGGGCAGAAGGUGCUUGUAGAGCCGUCCGGGCACGCGGUCGGCAAUAGCAUGCCAGUGGUGUGGGUCCGGCCUGUGGAUGUGGGCCAGCUAUCCAGGGAUCGGUUGGUGUACGCGGCGCCGCUGUACUGUGGCGACACGAGCCGGGUCAUCAUCGACAUGGCGCUUCCAAUUUCGGGCGACGAGAGCUUCUGGCGGAUGCGCGGGGUGUGCCUCCGGACUGAGUAAAGUAGUUUACAUCGAUGCGA